AUAGGUUGGGGAGCAUGUCAUUAUUUUAUCGUUGGAUUAUGUGGAGUUUGUACAUUCGUAGAAGCUAUUGCCUCCCUUGUUGUUUUCGUCGUAUCACGUUUGAUAGUAUGCGAUUUAAAAUUGGAGAAGAACGAUAUCAUUAUAUUCAAUGCUACGCAAUCCUUCGGAAUGGCGAUUGGUUCCUUCUUGUUCGGAAGUUUAGCUGAUAUUUGUGGACGUAAAGGAAUCAUUUCUUUCACCAUGGUUCUUAUAUUUUGUUCAUCGAUAGCACUUUCUUUUGCUCAAACCGUAUUUUUGAUAAAUUUAUUUAUAUUUUUAUUAGGCCUAGGGUUAGCUGGAAAUUAUAUACUACUGAGAGUCUAUCUUAUCGAAUGUCUGCCGAUUAAAAGGAGAGAGACUUGUCUGGCUGUUAUAGAUAUUGCGUGGGUCCUCGGUUAUCUAUCUGCUUUAGGUGUGUCUUGGUCUUUAGUUCCUUCUAUUAUACAAAUGCUUUAUAAAAAAUUCCGUCCAAGUUCCUGGCGAGUACUUACUGGAAUUGGUGGUGCACCGAGUUUGAUAAUAGCCUGUGCAGUUAGUUUACUUCCAGAAACACCUAGAUUUUUGUUAUAUCAACAACGUCAGGAAGAAGCGAUCACGGUUCUAAGGCAGAUGUAUGCUAUUAAUAAUUCAAAGCAUAUAGAAACUUAUCCGAACGUCGAUUUGAACACUUGCAUCGAGCAAGACGAAGAAACCGACGAUACAAAUAGUCUGUUUAAAAUGAUUUAUAGAUAUGCCGUAAAGACCCACGAACGAUUACAUAAAUUGUUUCGAUUGCCGUUUAGACGUAUCACGAUAUGCAGCUUAGCUUUGUGUUUCUUACAAUUUCCUGGAUUCAUUUGGCUUGCUCUUUGGGAUAGUCAUUUGUUACAAGAACUUGGAAAAGAAAUAGAAGAAAAUAAAAGAGGAAAUGAUUUUACAUGCAAUAUUAAUUUCUUAGAGAUUGCAGAGAGUCUCUUAUUAAGUUGUCAACAAAUUAACCAUCAACGUUUCAUAUUUCUAUUAUGUAUUUCUUUUAGUUACUUAUUGGGAGAAAUUUUGCUUAUAAUAGGAAUACAAGUUAUUAGAAAAAAGUGGAUUUUAAUAUUAUCAUCGUUUAUAGGAGGCAUAGCGAUAUUCUGUAUAAUGUUUCUAGUUCAAUAUGCUAUGCAAAUCAUUUUCUCCAUAGUAUUCCUCGCAUCAUACGCGAUCAAUAAUACCAUUGUUAAUAUUCUAAUAGCUGAAAAUUAUCCAACCGGUUUGAGGGGUACUGUUAUGGGAUUCAUGAGAAUAUUACCACAUUUGGCAGCUACGAUGAUCAAGUUUGUUUCAAAUAUUUCAUGUGUCCUUAGUAUAAUAGCAGCCUUUAUUAUUUUAAUAAGUACUGCUAUCCUUGUUAUACCAAUACCUGAUUUAACUGGAAUACCGAUACAAGAACGAUCUAUUAUUACUUAGAAUGAUUUAUAAAUGUAUUCAAGAGGAUAUUUGUGAUUUUUAAUUAUCUUUGGUAAAAUAGAUUUUAUAUAUAUAUA